AUGAAGGCACACUGCAUGGCUCCCCCCAGGAUCGCCAGGCCUCCUACUCCCCAGAGACUCAGGGUCGCUGCCAGCACUACCCCUGAAGCCUACCUAGUGGGAAGCCCAGGCGACCUCACUGAUGCCACUCCGUCACGGUCACUGUCCUGGUAUGUUCAGAAGUAUGUUUCGUGGAUUCUAAGGAUUGGGAAAGAGGGAACAGACAUUGGUUGCUGCAUUCCAAAUGAAGAUGUUCCUCAGAGGAAGAGACAUUUUGUCCACGGAACAAGGAUCCGCUUGUGGCCACCCAGCAGGGUGGAGCCCACAUAUCCCAAGGACGUUUCCAAUAGGGUCAUAAUGGAGGUGGUCCCCUGUGUCUUCUCGGAAGAGGAAGAGGACGAGGAAGAGGACGAGUCUAUCAGGAAUGUGGAGCCCUCAGACAAGGAAAAUAGCAUCCUGGAGACCCCGAGGGACCCCUUCCAUCCUCACAGAAGAUCAGAAGAAUCCAUCAAAUGCCCUAGUUGGAACACCCACAGGCAGUGGGACUGGAGCAGCGAUGAAGAAGACGUGGCAGGCCAUGUCAUCUCCGCCAUUGCUCUAGUGCAUGCAGAAGCAUGCUUCUCUCACGCCAAGGACGGGAAGACAGAAGCCGUUGGGUCCUGUGGCGACAUCUGUGUGGAGGUGGAGCGGUGA